AUGGGCGCCGGCCCGGCCCUCGCCAAGCGACUAGGCUACGCCCACGUCGGCCGACCCUUCCGCGGGGCCUCCCUCUCGCCCUGGAAGUGGCGCAAGUUCGGCCGCGCCGCCAACCACCCCCCCGGCCCGCAGUUCUCCACCACCGGCCUCGGCGAGCCGAUCACCUUCCGCAUGCAGCUGUCCACCCGUGUCGAGGAGGAGAACGACGCCUCCCGGUCGAUGGUCGACUCGCUGCGCACCAACGACGGUGUCUCCUGCCGUAUUUGCCGCGGGUCUCACUUCACCGCCGUGUGCCCCCACCGCGACAACCUCGGUGUCAUCAACCAGACCAUCUCCCUGGACCCGACCCAGAUGGAGGACGUCGGCAAGACCCCGGCCGGUCGGUAUGUCCCGCCCAUCAUGCGCGGUCGCAUGGGCGCCGGCAGCAACGAGCCCCCUGCCUACACCAUUCGUGUGUCCAACCUCAGCGAGUUCAUGUACGAGGAUGCCCUGCGCACCCUCUUCGCCAAGUGCGGCAUCAUCACCCGCAUCUUCCUGGCCACCGAUCGCCCGGUCGACCGCCAGGGCAACAUCAUCCGCAACAGCCGCGAGCCGCCUCGCUGCAAGGGCUACGCCUUCGUUUCUUACCUCAACAAGGCCGACGCCGAGCGCGCCAUCCAGGAGUACAACAAGUACGGUCUGGACAACCUCAUCAUGGAGGUCGACUGGGCUCGCUCCAAGGACGAGUAA